AUGGAGACAGGUGCGAGCAUAGUGACUGGAACUCGUUAUGUUAAAGGUGGUGGUGUGCUUGGAUGGAUGCGUAAAUUGACGAGUAGAGAGUCAAAUGUCCUUGUGCAGACUUUUCUUUGGCCGGAUGUAUCAGACUUAACUGGAUCAUUUCGGAAAUACAUGGAGACAGGUGCGAGCAUAGUGACUGGAACUCGUUAUGUUAAAGGUGGUGGUGUGCUUGGAUGGAAUUUUAUGCGUAAAUUGACGAGUAGAGAGUCAAAUGUCCUUGUGCAGACUUUUCUUUGGCCGGAUGUAUCAGACUAA